CCACUUCCGCCUAGUCAGACUUUGCGACAAGUCGUCAUAAGAAAUCGACGGCCAGUGCAGACCUAUGGCUCCCGUUGCCCAGCGUCAACUGUAUUAAAACUGUUUUAAUUCUCCUUCAGAUUUAGUGGAGUGGUGCUAUGUCUUCGGGAAUGGCGGGACACACACCGUGCCUAACCAGCCGAUGGGAUAAGACAGCCCAACCUAAACCGAGAAACAGUGAAAAUGCAACCCACUCGGUCUCUUUAUCAGGAGUCGUAGGCAAUGCUGGUUCAAACAGCACAACUUCCCCGUCACAACAAAUGGGAGAAAAGCCGGCACCUCAGGGAGGUGUUGAAAUGGCAGCAGCCAUGGCUGCUAAAAUAAAUGCCAUGUUAAUGGCAAAAGGAAAGCUGUUGACUCCUCCACCAUUGCUCGCAAAGACGCCUCGACAUGUGCAUGUGCCAAAGACUACAGACGAAAUGGUGGUCACGGAGGUUGACAUAAACGAUGUACCAAUAAAUUGCAGGGAACUUCUUACUAAAGGCAAAACACAGGAAGAGAUCCGACAGUUCAGUGGAGCAGUCGUCUCAACGAAAGGCCAUUACAUGUCUGACGGGGAAAAGGGAAUAGCAGGACAAAGACCUUUGUAUUUGCAUGUCCAAGGGAAGAACCAAGAGCAAGUCAAUAAGGCUGUGCUGAGGAUAAAAGAAAUCAUCUCUGAAGACUUGUUGAGGGCCUCGGCAGCAUCAGGAGGACAACAGGUGCCCAUAAUGCCUCCGCUCACACUCUACCCUCAGCCUCCUCGGCCUGUCAUUACCCCAUCUGCACCACGGAUGCCAAACACCAACUCGGUGCCAGGACAUCGGCCUGCAGCUCCUCAUUCAGGGAGUUUUGUGCACACAAAACUAUUUGUGGGUCUGGACCAGGCGUGUCCCUCGUUCAACGUGAAUGAAAAGGUCGAGGGUCCAGGAGGUUCGUACCUGAGUCACAUCCAGGCAGAGACGGGGGCUCGAGUCUUUCUCAGGGGAAAAGGUUCUGGCUAUAUCGAACAAGCAUCCAAACGAGAGUCUUUUGAGCCUCUUUAUGUCUACAUCAGCCACCCAAAUGCAGCUGGAUUGGAGUCAGCGAAGAAACUUACGGAGAGUCUGCUGGAAACUGUGAGACAGGAAAAUGCACGAAUGGCGUCGAUGUACACUGCCACCGGUUCAACACAACCAUACGCAGCACAUGGAUUUCCACCUAAUAGCAAUUACUCUAGCCAGGGAUCCUGGUAUAACUACCCAGCAAAUGGGUAUGCUGGCGGCUAUUCAGCGUACCCAGGAGCCAGUGGUUAUUGGAGUAAUGCAAAUGGUCCCCCAAGUCAUUCUAACAUGUCGACAAACCCUCCAUCUUCUCAGGCAAUGGUUCAGUAUCCGGUGUGUCCUAGAAAACCACAUCCCUAUCUCGUCCAGGAUGCUGGCAUCAGUGGGACAGUGGAGCCUGGAGGAUCUUUAAACAACCCGCCCGACUCGGGAAGUCCUAAACGUCAUUUCCAAGAGGGUGCUAAGGAGGAACAGCCUGCCAGCAGAUCUCCGGAGGGUCCUGCGAACCAAGAGUCGGCACUUCCUGCCACCACUGUUGGAAAGGAGAACGUAGUAGAAAGGAUUCUGAUGCCUCCUCCACCACCUCUAUUUGUGGCCCCUGCCCCCGUUGCGCGCAAAAGGCCGAGAGACACAGAAGAUCCCGUCAGUCGGCCUGGCAUCACCGCAUCAAUGGGUGUUCCAGAUGAGGUGGGUGAGAAGAAGACGAAAGUGGAUGAAGAUACAUCAGGGCUAGUCCCCUACGGAGGAGACUCAUCCGACGAAGAGGAGGAGAGGACGCGCAGCAGUAAGACCGAUAACUCAUAACCCCUGCCCCACCCCCACAGUCCAGGAUACUCACAGACCCAAAGUCCCCAUUCAAUUUACCAACACACUUCUCAAACCCCGGAAAGGAAAAAUCCGCCCUUGCAUUUUCAUUCACUGUUUUAAGACUAUACCAGUGUGUUUUGACAUUUUCUUACCACAUUUACUACAAAGAAGGAAUGCACUAUUCACUUAUUAUUUUCCAAGCUGAAUUUGGCAUUUUAAAACUUGCAUAUCAUUUGGUUCUUAUUCAUCUCCAUAUGGCACUUAGGGAGAGGAAAUUCUGGAUCCACUUUAUGUACGACAUCCUUUUUAGGACUUAGAGGCAGGUGACCAGGUUUUACAGACAGGUUGACAAUCUUCAUAUAUCAUUCCUUAAUAGUACAGAUGAUUAUUAGGAAACUGGCUCUUCAUGAAAAAACAAACACUGGUUUGGUCUUAAAGAAGAAAGGUUUUUUUUUCCUUGUCUUGGUGUAGGUUUUGCCAUGUGUACUUCUUCUUCAGUUUUUGUUUUCCCUGUUAUGUCACACAAUGAGUAUGAACCUGUUGGUUUUACUAUGGGUGGGCAUAUUUACACAAAGCCCACCUAUAACACUAUUGUAAAUAUAGAAAACCCUGCCAACUAGUUCACUGAUUGUGCAUAUUUUUGUCGCCACAUUGACUUAUAAAGCACAUGUUGUGGCUUCAUGCUCAUUAAAGAUUAUGGUUUUAGAAAAUAGUUUUUUAUUUGUUAUUGCUGUCUUGAUAGAAAGCUUUUUCUUAAGAGUCUGACUCUAAAACCUGCACAUAAGAGACAGACAUUUUUGUAAAGAAAAUGUCACUAUUAAACAAUACUCCCUUAUCAGUGUGAAAGUAUUCAGGGUGGAUUUUCCCUUUUUUUUAAAGGGUGAAUACUAUUGUAUAACUACAGGAUUCUUUUCUUUCUUAAAACACUUUUAAAAGCAUCUUCUCGCUCAUCAAAAACAAGCCCUAUUUUUUAAUUUAAACACUUGGUCUGCUGCAGUUACUGAUGAUAUAAAUACAUAUUGUAAAAUUCAGUGAAACUUUUUUUCUUAUCUUGGAAAAUGGUGUAUGCCUGUUCCCAUGGAAUACUAUAAUAAAGACACACUUAAAAAUGC